ACGCGUACAGUGUUUCCGUUUUUUCUCCAGCGCGCUCGCGCCGCGGCUCGAAAACCCGCGAGCGUCACGUCGAGGGCAAAACAUUGACGCACUUCAUUCGCUCUGUCGCGCUUGCAGCCCAUUAGGAAUAAUGUCCGAACCGUACCGCGACUGGAUCCUGGGCUCCAUAGACUCACUGAGGUCGAGAAAAGCGCGACCCGACCUGGAAAGAAUUUGCAGAAUGGUUAAAAGACGACACGGGUCAGACUGGGAACGAACCCGCUCAGAACUGGAGAAACUGAUAGAGGAGCAAACGGUGCUGAAAGUGAACUAUAAAGGCUCGGUUUCCUAUCGCAACGCGGCAAAGGUGUUGCGAGGUCGGAGGAAAACCGAGCAGAGCAAGUGUGCGGUAAAGCAGCCGUCUCCAGCGGACUGGAGCACCGGCGACAGCGCGCUGGGUCCCGCGGAUGAGGAUCAGAUGGAGGACAUGGAAGAUGAGAUGUCCACAACAGCAGGAAUGGAUAGCAGUAUGGAUGAGGAGGGUGAUGAGAGCAGUCUGGACGCCAUGUGUGCACAGAGCACCACCGAUUCGGGCAUCAGCUUGAGUCCCAUAACCAGCAGUAACAUCAGUCUUCCUGUGCCCUCCCCCACUUCUUCAAAGAGCUCUCCGACCCAUGAUGCUUUGCGGCAGGAUGGCGACAGUGCUUAUAUGAUUCCUGAUCACACACAGCCAGCAGCCCAGCAGGGCACAGGCUCAAUUAAAGAGAUUUCAUUGGACUGGGUCUAUCUGUUAUUACCCGCAGGAUCUCUGGAGUUGGGGCAGCAGCCAUUGGCCAUCUGUCCGUCCGCUCAGCAGAGCGCUUCUCAGGGAGAGGAGGGGCAGAGGACGCGGGAGAGCGCGCUUACCCCUGAUCCGCCGCUGUCGGACUGCAGAGCCAUGCCGGAUGCGGUGAUGUCUGAUGGAGCGCCUGAUGUCGUCUCUGUUGCUGAUGCUGAGGAUGGUGAAACGUGCAAUAAUGAACUCAAGGGAGUGACAGAGGCAGACGUCGCAUACAAUGGAGAAAGGAACGAUGAAACUGAUGUGGUAAAGGAGGAAAUUGGGCAGGACCCUUUGCAUUGGACCGUGGCUGAUGUAGUCAGUUACAUCACUUCUGUGGGCUUCCCUGAGCAGGCGGCGGCUUUCAAAACACAGGAAAUAGACGGGAAGUCUUUAUUGCUGAUGCAGAGGAUUGAUGUGUUGACCGGUCUGUCUAUCAGACUUGGCCCCGCCCUCAAAAUCUAUGAGAAUCACGUGAAGGUACUGCAGAGAAGCCACUUUCAGGACGACAACCGCCUCUUCUCCUAGAGCUUGUUUUCAUUGAACUGACUGAAAUCUUGAAAGAACUGGAGAAUGGCGCUUUAUAAGACUAGAUUUGCACAAGGCUUUUAUCAUCUCUUCCUCGUGAGGACAUACGGCAUGAUACGGUCCGGCAGUCCGUUCUAUUCUUCUGUUUGUCCUGUUUAUUCCUCACAGGGCUGAUGGGACCACUCGUCUCGGUGAAGCAUUCACCAGUAUUUCCUUAUAUAUAUAUAAUUUACAGUGUCGCAAUAUUAUAUGAACACUUUAAUGUCCUGUUAAAUGUGGUACGUUCAUCAAUGUUAUACAGCAGUCUUAAAAAAGUACAUGUAAAGCUGUUAGGUAAUAAAUUCCAGUUUCAGAAUUUGAAACUGUGGCAUUGAAUCUUUUCUGUUAUGCAUUGUGACUGCCAAACAGCAUCAGGGAGUGAGUUACUGAUGUGUCGAUCUCAGCACUUCACAGCAAUAUCAUUUACAGAAAGAGAAGUGUUCAUUAGAUGGAGAUGACAAAUUUAGGUGGCUGAAUCGCACAAAAACCUGCCAAUAUUCGUUAGAAAAUAUAAAGGUAUAAUAAGAUUGUACUUUUCUUAUAUUUUAAGUCUGAAAGGUUAUGUGAGAUUCACGCAGGUAGUGUAGUGAUUUCAUCAAGUCACCCAAAAAUGUGCACGGCAUAUAAAAGUGUUGACAUUCCAGAUACAUCUCUGUCUCGCUGUAGACUAAAGCUUUCCUACAGAAAUAGUUAUGAGUUCUACAUUGUGGUACUUGUUUGACAAAUUGUCACGUUGUUUUCAUAAAUUUGCACCAUUUUCUCUGUAUCCAGAUGUAUAUGAACAAUAAAGUCAUUUUUUAUUUAUAACUAUUGACUUAAAGUGCACUUUUUGUCAUGACAAAAACACAACAUAAAA